AUGGCCGCUCCUAUUGUCGCGCUUUUGCAGUCUCUCGGGCAGCCUCGGCGACGCAUCUUUCUUGACGCAUAUGACGAGCUUACAGAGGAAGAGUUCCGCGAGCACUUCAGGCUCUGGAAGAGCACUGUGCGGUGGCUCUGCGAGCAAUUGGCAGGCGCCAUCGGUGGCCUUCAGACCGGUGGCAUCACGACGCAAGACAAGGUGCCUUGUGCUCUCCGUUUCUUCGCGACGGGGAGCUUCCAAAGAUCCAUCGGCAGCGAAGAAUUCGUAUCCAUGGGGCAGGCUUCCGUGAGCGAGAGCAUUCACGCUGUUGCGGAAGCAAUAACCAUGGUGGGCCGGCAACAGGGUUGGGUGAGCUUACCGUUGACAACGGCCGACAAGGCUAGUGCAAAGGCGGCUUUUGUGGAUCGCGGCUGCAUUCCCGGUGUAGUGGCCUGUGUCGACGGGACGCUCAUAGCGAUCAAACAGCCUGAAGGACUCAGUCCGGGCGAGACUGCAUGCUUCAUGUCAAGAAAAGGGUUCUACGCAUUUAAUACCAUGAUCGUUGCCCGUGAUGCCAAUGUGGCCCGGUAUGCAGAUGAUGGUUUGGGUGGUGAAGUCGUCAGGGUCCUCCUUGAGUAUUCCGGCUAG